AUGAGGCACGUGUCACCAACGGCGGCCGAUGCAAUUUCUAUGGAUUUUUACGUCGACGAUUUGCUGUCCGGAGCGACAGACGUGUCAGCAGCCAUACAUUUGAGAGAAGAUAUAUCCAAAUUUCUAGCAUCGGCUGGUAUGCCAAUGAAAAGGUGGGCAUCAAACUCAAUUGAGGUAUUGAACUCCAUACCUCUGGAGGAUAGAGCCAUCGAUCCAUGGCACAAUUUCCAGGAUAGACAAACGGUCACAACACUUGGGUUGAUCUGGGAACCACAAUCAGAUCUGCUCAGCUUCAAGGUACAAUCAUCGGAAAAUGUGGACGCGUACACUAAACGGAUUGUACUAUCACAGAUUGCAAAAAUAUUUGAUCCGCUUGGCCUG